AUGGAUCAUGAUAGAAACAAUGACAUUUUUGAAGAUGAAGAUAAAGAAGCUUUACAAGGCUUAUCUCCUGUCCCUCCACCCCCGCGAAAUAUCCAUUCUUAUAGCCAGCAGCUCCGUGCCACCUCUUCAGGACCUACAGCUAAAAGACACCACAAAGGUAGAAAACACAGCCUUGAUGACAUCCCUAUGCCUGUGGUUUCUGAAAUUUUCUUUGACAUCUCUUCCUCUGACGAUGAAUUCUUCCCUCAUUCCUCUUCUCCUUCUAACACCACUCGUUCUCGCGGUGCCAGCGGUGAAGAUUUCUUUGUUAGAGCUGACGAUGAUCAACUCAAGCAAUUCCAACCAUUGCCUGAGUUCAUUGGAAAUGGAAGUGGGACCGGAAUCUUUAAGUAUCCAGCACGUUCAGCCAUGCACGGUGGACGGCCACCUUGUCUAGAACUUAGGCCACAUCCUUUAAGAGAAACUCAAGUGGGGAAGUUUUUGAGAAACAUUGCUUGUACCGACACACAGUUAUGGGCUGGUCAGGAGUGUGGGGUAAGGUUUUGGAGUUUUGAGAAUGCAUACGAGGCUGGUUGGGGUUUAGGUGGGAGAGUGAGACGAGGUGAUGAAGAUGCUGCACCAUUUUAUGAGUCGGCGAAUACCUCUCCUACAUUGUGUUUAAUGGCUGACAGUGCUAAUAGAUUGGUUUGGAGUGGGCAUAAAGAUGGGAAGAUUAGAUCUUGGAAAAUGGAUCAACAUUUGGACGAUGCUAAUUCUCAUUUUAAGGAAGGAUUAUCAUGGCAGGCUCAUAAGGGCCCUGUUCUUUCUAUAGUUAUGAGUUCUUAUGGUGAUCUGUGGUCAGGUUCUGAGAAUGGUGUUAUUAGGAUUUGGCAAUGGGAUGUCAUUGAGAAAUCUCUCUCUCUUUCAUCAGAGGAAAAGCACAUGGCUGCUUUGUUGGUGGAGAGGGCUUGCAUUGACCUCAGGAGCCAAGUCACUGUAAAUGGUGCCUGUAGCAUAUCUUCUUCAGAUGUAAAGUGCUUGUUAGCUGAUAAUGUUAGAGCUAAAAUUUGGUGUGCUCAGCCUCUUUCCUUCUCUAUUUGGGAUGCUCGUACAAAGGAGCUCGUGAAGGUAUUCAAUACCGAGGGCCAAAUUGAGAAUCGAGCUGAACUGCCGUCAGUGCAACAGCAAGAUCAGCCAGUAGAAGAUGAGAUGAAGGUAAAAUUUGUACACCCAUCAAAAAAGGAGAAAUCCGGGGGUUUUCUGCAACGUUCACGUAAUGCUAUAAUGGGAGCAGCUGACGCUGUUCGCCGAGUUGCAACCAGGGGAGCAGGAGCAUUUGUAGACGAUACCAAGAGAACAGAAGCACUAGUGCUGACUAUUGAUGGAAUGAUCUGGACUGGAUGUUCCGAUGGCCUUCUUGUGCAGUGGGAUGGGAAUGGAAAUCGUUUACAAGAAUUCAGUCAUCAUUCUUCUGCUGUUCAAUGUUUUUGCACUUUCGGAACACUGAUAUAUGUUGGCUAUGUGAGCGGUAUGAUCCAAGUAUUAGACCUGGAGGGGAAAAUGAUUUCUGCAUGGGUUGCUCACAGUAAUCCUGUGCUAAAAAUGGCAGUCGGAAAUGGAUAUGUUUUUAGCCUGGCAAAUCAUGGUGGCAUACGUGGAUGGAGCAUUGCAUCCCCAGGACCUAUUGACAGCAUAAUACGAUCAGAAGUGGCAUCGAGAGAACUAGAGUAUACAAGACGGAACAGUUUCAGAAUUUUAGUUGGUACAUGGAAUGUCGGUCAAGGAAGAGCAUCCCAGGACGCCCUUAAAGCAUGGUUAGGUUCUGCUGCAUCAGACGUCGGCAUUAUUGUUGUUGGGUUACAAGAAGUAGAGAUGGGUGCGGGUUUUCUUGCCAUGUCUGCAGCAAAAGAAACUGUAGGACUUGAAGGGAGUGCCAUUGGGCACUGGUGGCUGGACAAUAUAGGAAAAGCCUUAGAUGAAGGAAAGACUUUUGAACGUAUGGGUUCCAGGCAGCUUGCAGGCUUGCUCAUAUCUCUUUGGGUAAGAAAGAAUCUCAGAAAACAUGUUGGUGAUGUUGAUGCUGCAGCAGUUCCAUGUGGCUUUGGACGUGCAAUUGGUAAUAAGGGAGGUGUAGGUUUGAGAAUUAGAGUUCUUGACAGGAUAAUGUGCUUUGUUAACUGUCACUUGGCUGCACAUUUGGAAGCAGUCAAUCGGCGCAAUGCUGAUUUUGAUCAUAUUUUUCGAAACAUGGCCUUUGGUCGGUCAUCAAAUGUUACGGCAGCUGCUGGUGUCUCAACUGCCAGUCACACGGUUAAGGGCACUCAUGCUGUAAGUACAACCCAUGAAGAAUCAAGGCUUGAUUUAGCUGAAGCAGAUAUGGUGGUGUUUCUUGGUGAUUUUAAUUAUCGGCUUUUUGGUAUAUCAUACGAUGAAGCAAGAGACUUUGUUUCACAAAGAAGCUUUGAUUGGCUUAGAGAAAAGGAUCAGCUCAGAGCAGAGAUGCAGGCAGGGAAAGUUUUUCAAGGAAUGCGUGAGGCAGUCAUUGCAUUCCCUCCUACUUAUAAGUUUGCAAGACACCAACCAGGUCUAGCAGGAUACGAUUCCGGGGAGAAAAAACGCAUUCCAGCUUGGUGUGAUAGGAUAAUAUACCGUGACAAUCGAUCAGCUCCAGUGUCUGAUUGCAGUUUAGACUGCCCUGUAGUCUCAUCAAUUAUACAGUAUGAAGCUUGCAUGGAUGUCAUAGAGAGUGAUCACAAACCUGUCCGCUGCAAGUUCCAUGUUCAAGUUGCCCACGUUGAUAGAUCAGUGAGGAGACAAAAAUUUGGAGAAGCGAUCAGGUCUAAUGAGAAAGUAAGGUCUAUCCUCGAACAAUUACCUCAUGUGCCAGAAACCGCUAUAAGCACCAACAACAUCCGCCUUCAAAGCCAGGACACAGUCGUCUUUCGAAUCACCAACAAGGAUGUUAAGGAAAAAGCCAUAUUCAGAAUUACCUGCGAAGGUGUGUGCACUGUCAGCGACGACAGAGAGGAAAACACUUGUCAUUCACGGGGUUUGUUUGGCUUUCCAAGAUGGCUCGAGGUAACACCAGCAGCAGGCAUAAUUAAACAAGACCACUUCGUGGAGGUCGCAGUACAUCAUGAAGAUUUCCGUUCCUUAGAAGAGUUAGUUGAUGGAAUCCCACAAAACUGGUGGUCCGAAGACACACGAGACAAGGAAGCUACAUUGUCUGUGAACAUCCAAGGCAGUAAAAGAACGGAGACACAAAGUCACCAAAUCGUUGUUCGACACUGCUACUCAGCCAAGACAGUGCGCAUGGACUCUAAAUCAAACAAUUCAUGGAAAGGAAAAGGAGGCUCAGUUCACCGGUCUGACAUUAGGCAACAAAGUGGUUCCUCUGAUAUGGUUGAUGAUUUCCGAAACUUUUGAAGCUAUAGUGAGGUCUUAUAGAAACGGGCAGGACUUGCUGACAUCACCUGGAAGCAGCAUUGAGGUUGCUUGAUCCGAUACCAAGUCAUUAAGUCUUCGAUGUAUAUACUCAUGGAGAAUGGUUUCCAUUUCAUCAUGUUGGAACUGGUUCCUUUUGUUUAUUUUGGCUUGCAGAUGUUGAUCUCUGGUGAGAAUUCUUUAUCUCAUUCUUUUCCUAAGAAAAAAAAAUACUCGAGCACUGUAAUCAAAUCAAAGCAUACUGUACUAAAUAGUUUUUCUGAAGAUUGCAGUAUCAAUGUU